UUACGACUUUUUCCCAUUGGACAUAAAACUAUUGGACACAAUGUUGGACAAGUUUACGAGCAUUCUGGUUGCACUAAUUGCGCUUGUUGUUUGUGUGCAAGCGAAUUCUCUCGUGAAUCGUAAUAAGUUUAUCCGACCAGCGACCAGCAAACGUAUCGUCGGUGGAUUUGUGAUCGACAUCACGGACGCCCCGUAUCAGGUGUCAUUGCAGUACGACAAGCGUCACACCUGUGGAGGAUCGAUUCUGAGUAGAAAGUGGAUUUUGACAGCGGCGCAUUGCAUUCACCCUGACUCAUCAUCGGAACCGACUGUGCGCGUUGGAUCGUCCGAACAUGCAUCCGGUGGCACUAUCAUACAGGUAGCACGCGUCAUAUCUCAUCCACAUCAUAGCUCCCGCUCCAACAAUUUCGAUAUCGCACUACUGGAACUAGCAAGCGAACUUACCUUCACCAACAAGAUCCAGCCAGUUGUUCUGCCGGAACAGGAUGACCCAGUCGAGGACGGUACAAUGGGUACCGUGUCUGGUUGGGGUAUGACGCUUAGCGAAACCGAAUCCAACGAUGUUCUUCGAGCUACCAACGUACCGACAGUGAACCAGCAGGAAUGUAACAAAGCUUACCAAUCGUACGGUGGAAUCACGAAUCAGAUGUUUUGUGCCGGCUAUAAACACGGCGGCCAGGAUACCUGUCGGCAAGAUUCCGGUGGACCUUUCAUCGCUGAAGGUAAACAGAUUGGAGUUAUCUCUUGGGGACACGAGUGCGCACUGGCAGGGUAUCCGGGAGUGUACACGCGUGUGGCUACCGUGCGUGACUGGAUACGCGAUAUUAGUGGAGUGUAAGACACAUUCGGCCACAACCACAAAGUUUCUUUUAAUUGAAAUAUUUUGUUACUAUUUAUUUAAUGUUUAACGUACUAAUGACUGAUUUCUGUCAAAGCGUUUACACAUGUCCUGCCAUGUGUAAAUAGAAAAAACAUGAUUUGUCAAGCAUUAGAACACAAUUACAGAAAUAGUAAGGAAAUGCUAGUAAAAAAUAGUAAGGAGAGUAAAUAAAGAAAUGAGCAUCCUUUUUACAAGUGCAAAAAAAAAUGUGAACAAAACAGACGGAAAGAAAAAUUUGAUAGGAUUAAUUCAGCAUUUAUGUAUAUGAGACAGUGUGAAUUUCGGAUGACUUCAUUCGAAUGAUAAGUGAUGGUAUUUAUGAUGGUAAUCAUAGCAAUGUCCUCGAGAGUAAGUAAGUAAGUAUGAAGAAUAGUUCUGGGAAGAAUUUGUAUGGGCUAGGUCGAGUAGAAAACCAGAAUCACUGCAACAAAAUUACCAUUCAUAUAUCAUUUGUUUGCCCGCGACAUCAUUGUCCGUUAUGAAUGAGAAAUCGUAAGUCUAGUAGCAAAGGAAUGGAAUCACCAGUGUUAUCACAAUCUUCAAACACUGUAGACACAUCACUAUCGAAUAAACAACCCAACAAAGAGUAAAAACAAAUUUGUGUAGACUGGAGAACAUUAAUGAUCUUAUCAACUAUUAUUGUCAAAUCAUUGUCAAAUAGUAGCUGCACCCUGCCAUAUAAAUAGUGGACAGCUCCUAUCUAGUAUUGUCAUACGAGUAGAGGGCAAGAUGUCGAACAAGUUUGCAAUCCUUCUGGCUUUCCUGGUUGCGGUAGUUGCCUGCGUA